AUGGUCAUCCACGGACCAAGCCAUGCUGAUCAGCACCGGCGGCCGUUGCCUCUUAUGUACAAUCUUCAAAUGAUUCUCAGGGCUCCUUGGAGACUCAAGUACCGGCAGCGUUUUCGCCUGGCCAACUUGCAUCCGCCCGGUGACACGGUAGCGGAGCAAGUGCCACAGCCUUCAAGUAGCAAUGGGACUCAGGACACUGCUGGGCAACCUGAGCCGACACCGACCGCAGUGCCAAUACCAAAGAAGUCCAGCAUAUUAAAGACCGCUGACUCGCUAAAGAGCAGCGAUGGCUACAAACGCAACAUAUCGUGGCAGGACCAAUAUGGCCAAUCCCUGACACAAGUAGUGGAGUUUGAACCCAGCACCCUAUUGGACUAUUUAACUGCCAGCAGCUUUAACUGUCAAACAUUCCUGGCCAGUCAUACGAGCGCAAAGCUCCCUGCAAGCCAAUUACAGCACCCGGCGGCAAGCGAUUACAGCGUCGUCGCACUUAAUGGUCUGAAUGAACACGACAGACUGCCAUCCGCUAUCCUUGCUCUACCGUAG